GGUCUAGCUCCUCCUCUCUGACUAUAAGACACACACACACACACACGUCUCUCGGUGGAAGACGAAACACACCGUGUGCAGCCAUCAUGACACACACUCGACACGGACUCACACCUGCAGUACAGGUGCUGUGUUGGAGGAGUGUGUGUGUGUUGUACACGCUUUCGGUGUGCGUGCUUCUGCCUGAACUUGCUUGCUCAGCAAAACCUCGGUGUGGAGUGGAGCUCAUCGCUGAUCUUCAGUUUGUGUGUGGAGAUCGAGGAUUUUAUAGAGGUCACCCUGGAGCAGUGAGGAGUGCAGGUCCACGGCGCAGAGGUAAAGGAAUCGUAGAGCAGUGCUGUGUGAGAGGAUGCGAUCUGCAGUAUCUGGAACAUUACUGCGCCAAGCCGAAGCGAGAGCGACGACACAUGCGACACACGCCGCCGCCGCCCGCGCCUCACACUGAGGAUCAGUCCUGGCUGAUGUUUCUCAGACGAUACGAAACAAACCAGUUUGAAAACGAACCGGAGAAAUUCGUGGAAAGGCUGAAAGAGCGAAUGCUGUACCAGAGGAAGUUGGGACGCGCAUCACUGCGGCCUCCGAUUAGCCGAAAAAUCCCUAAAUCCUCUCAGCGUUUAAAGCACCGGCGAAAACGGCGUAACUGAAGACGACCCGACCGAGCGAAUAAACAUCCCAGCCACGAUUAGCGUCAGUUAAAUAUAAAUAUUAAUUAAGCUCUUUUAAAUGAGCUCGGUGGAUACGAAUCAUUAAUUCUGCUAAUUAUAAUAUUUAUCCUUGAAUGUGGCCUUUAUCUUGUCUUUACUCGGACGCAGUGUAGCGCAGAUUCUUUUUUUUUCCUGAGACGAAUGUUAACAGUCAAUUACGCUAAUGCUAAUUGAUAACACUAGAGUUUUAUGUUUUUUAUCUGCACUCAAACAAAAAAAAAAAAAGCAAGCCCACAAGCUGGAGCUUUGAAUUUAUCCACGCUGGGUCAGUUUGCGCUGAAGUUUUCGUCGAUCUUUAAUCAUUAAUCGUUUCCUCACACUAUCACAGGAUCACGUACAGAACGGCUGCACGGCGCUGAAACGCACACGAUCGCCUGCUGAAAAUCUCAACACGGUGAACUCUUAUAGCAAAAAAACAACAACAACAACAACAACAAAACAAACUAGCUAGCACGUUGGCUAACUGACGAAGUAUUGCUAGCUGUCCAUUCACACGUGUUAUGCUAGCUAGCUGAAUGUAAACAUGGGGAUAAAGGUGUCAUGAAUCUAAACAUAAAUAAAUGCACCUAAAACACCACUUUGUCUUAAUAUUAAAGGCAGGAUAGUUUGAAUAUAUAAAAUAGUAACCGUAUGGUUUUAAAAUAGUGUUUCUUGUCAUUUUCUGUAACCUGAACGGGUUGAAAUCAGUGACGUGUGUUUGUGAUGAGAAGCAAAAUGGCUGAAUGUUCAGGUAGAAGUGGUUUAUUGUCUAUAUAUAUAUAUAUAUAUAUAUAUAUAUAUAUAUAUAGAGAGAGAGAGAGAGAGAGAGAGAGAGAGAGAGAGAGAGUGUAUAGUCAGGACCUGCGUUCACACUGCGACGUUUUUAUUUGUUCUGGGGGUUUUUUAUGUUGUUUGCUAGCUGGAGUGUCUGACUCUGGUUGCCAUGGUUUCAUCGCUAGCACCUAGCUAGUGCCGUUUCUUUUCCUGUUUAUUCAGCGACACUCAGUUAAACUGUCUGGAUCUCUGGACAUUAGCCGUGAAAAACAACUCCUGUACACUAAUUAAAGCUAACUAAAAUAUUUCACACCAGAGCACUGCUGAGUUCUGGAUCGUGAUUGGUCAGGGGGUGUUGAUUAAUUUUCUGUAACAGCGGUUCUGUCAGUAGCGCAGCUGCAAAUCACAGAUUUAUUCAUAAUUAAGGCGGUCGUUCUAUUACAUUAUCGUUUCUAUAGCAACAGCUCAUUCGCAGGGAAGCUUCGUAUAAACAGGUUCUUAAAAACGCGUGUAAUCGUGUAAGGAGAUUUUAGUUCACGUCGGGUUGAUGGAAGGAGUCUCCAGUGUCAGCGCUUUGUAACAGUCAGAGGUAAAGCUGUGACUUGAAGUUUUCGAGCGUACGCUUCUUGGCGGUUUCUCGUUAACACGACGUGGGUAAAUAAGAAAAAAACUUAAGAGAUAUUGUAACUAUUGAGACCAACAAUUUAGCUAGCUAGCGCGUAGCCGUGACGACCUCGUUAAGACGCUGUGACAGUAGAAGCGAUACGCGGCUUUAACGAACAUCAACAACUUGACAUCGUGUCGUCGGAUACUUAUUGUCAAAUUAUCUUCUAAACACGACAAACACAUCGACGUUGAAAUGCAGCGUCGCGUUAAGAUUAUUGCAACAUCUCUUCCCGCCCCCUUUUUCUGUCACAGGCCCCGCCCACUCUAACAACUCUCUCAGUAUAUGAACUUUGUGGAAUUGUAUCAUGGCUAGCGUGAAAGCAGGGUGAAACUGUCCAGUGUGCUAUGAAGAACUUUUUUUUAAAUUUUUCAUCAGAAAUUACAACCCCAGUUUCAAAAAAGUUGGGACACGGUGUUACAUGUAAAUAAAAACAGAACGCAAUGAUUUGCAAAUCUCAUAAACCCGUAUGUUAUUCACAACAGAAUAUAGAAAACAUAUCAAAUAUUUAAACUGAGGAAAUUUACCGUUUUAAGAAGAAAAUAAGGUCAUUUUGCAUUCGAUGGCCGCAACGCAUCUCAAAAAAGUUGGGACAGGGGAAACAAAAGGCUGGAAAAGUGAGUGUUAGUAAAAAUAAACAGCUGGAGGUUAAUUGGAAACAGGUCAGUAAGAUGAUCGGGUAUAAAAAGAGUAUCUUAGAGAGGUUUUUAAAAAAUUAUUAUUUACUUAUUAUUUAUUUUUUAUAUUUUGUUUUUAUUUACAUUUUACACAGCGUCCCAACUUUUCUGGAAUUGGGGUUGUACUUCCCAGAACAAACUCCACGAUGUGUCACUAAUAUAAGUACAUUUUUUAAAAAGAUCAUGUUUAGAAUGUGUUGUUGUUUGCUAAGUGAAGGACAGUUCUCGAGGUCGGACUGUAUUAGCGAAUGUUCUUUGGUGACGUGUUUGCACAUUUAUUAUAAUAAAUUAUAAACAUUUUGUAUCUUAUUAUAUAUGAUAAAGCAUUGAAUACUGAA